GGCGCGCCGCCGCCCAGCGCGGAUGCCUCCACGCCCCCCCCCGCGCUGACGCCAGAUCGGCUGGACGCCGCGGUGGGCGAGUGGUGGCGGGCGGCAGGGUCGACGCCGCGGCUGGCGCGCCUGCUGCAAGACGAGCACGACGUUCCGAGCUUCUUUCUGCAGCACGAGCGCCUCCUCCACCAAUUCAGGGCGUUCUUGGACGCGCGGCCGGCCCUCCUGUCCGACGUGGAACCGCUGCUACUGCUGAGCCCAGCGCAGGUGCUGGACCCAGGGGUGACUGCUGGCGGCGAGGCGGAGCUGGCAGUGCGGCCCUUCCUCGCUGCGGUGAGCUCGUUCGUCGAGGAGGCCUACGCGGCCCAGCUGGCGAGCUUCAGGAGCGCCAGGCACAUGGCCGACCUGAGUUCCCCGCAGGACUGGUUCCCCGUUGCGCGCAGAAUGCGCCGGCAUUGGUGCCUCCACUUGGGUCCGACUAACAGCGGCAAGACGCAUGUCGCCGCCAGGCGCCUACUGGCAUCGGGCACGGGCCUGUACAUGAGCCCUUUGCGGCUGCUGGCCUGGGAGAUGUACGAGAAGAUGCGGCGCGCUGGAUUGCGUUGCGCACUACGCACUGGUCAAGAGUGCAUCGGGCCCGAUGACGCGACACACGUAGCCUGUACUGUCGAAAUGGCGCCCGUCACCACCAGGGUGGACAUCGGGGUGCUGGACGAGGUGCAGAUGAUCGUCGACGACGCGCGGGGGGCGGCCUGGACGCGGGCGCUGCUGGGAGCGCCUGCUCGUGAGCUGCACCUGUGCGGGGCGAUGGAGCCCUCGGGCUUGCAAGACCUCUUGCGGAAGCUCGCGCUCGAGUGUGACGACACUGUCUCGGCCGAAGCCCACCAGCGCAUGGUGCCACUGGUCGUGGAGGACCGGCCGCUCGGCAGCCUCGGGCAGACAAUGGCAGGCGAUUGCGUCGUGUGCUUCACUCGCCGCGACGUGCUGCUGGUGAAGGCCGAGCUUGAGCAGCUUGGACUCGCGCCCUGCGUCAUCUACGGCACGCUGCCGCCCGAGGUGCGCCGCGAGCAGGCCGCGCUGUUCAACGACCCCGCCAGCGGUCACGACGUCUUGGUUGCCAGCGAUGCCAUCGGGAUGGGCCUCAACCUCCAGAUACGGCGCGUGGUGUUCCGGACACUGCGGAAGUACGACGGGGAGGUUGUCCGCCGCCUCGCGCCCGCGGAGAUCCGCCAGAUCUCCGGCAGGGCGGGGAGGUAUGGUGGGCGCUACGCAUCCUGUGGCAGGGUGACCUGCCUGACCCCGGACGACCACGCGGUGCUCCUGGAGGUGCUGGGCGACACGGGCGCGGCGGCCGAGGAGGCGCAGGUUGCCCCGCGGGCAGCGCUGCUGCCUCUGCCGGAGCGGCUGGGCGCGUUCGGCCAGGCGCUGGAGGCAGACCUGCGGCGGGCGCUGCCCUUUUCGGACCUGGUCAGGCGCUUCCUCGCCGCCGCCACGGUGCCCCCGCACUACUUCCUGGCGCGGGCCCGCGGCGUGCUGGAGGUCGCGGAGGCGCUCGCGGAGGUGCGGCUGGCGCCCGGCGAGAAGCUGAUCUUCUGCCAGGCUCCCGUCGCUCCGCAGGAUGCUGGCGCCAUGGCCGCCCUGCUGGACUUUGCCAAGGCCUACGCGACCAGCGGACGGGCACCGCUGCCAGAGCUGCGGCUGCCGGAGCCUACCAGCGCCGUGACCGCGCGCCACAUUUUCGAUCUGGAGGGGCUGCACAAGGCCUCCGGAGGCAAGCUGGCGGAGGGCACCGGGUUCGUGCCGGCGCGGCGCGCGGCUCCGAGGCAGACAGUGGCCCGGCGCAUCGCCCGCGCCCUGAGGCAGCCGCUGGCAGCGUCCACCGAGGAGGAAGCGGGGCACGGCUCCGCUGGGGCCGAGGCGGAGUUGUGGCUGGCCUUCGGCGGCGGGGAGUCGGCGCGGUUGCUAGCCGACGAGGCGUUCUUGCCGCAGGAGCGCCAAGCCAGCUGGCGGCGUGCUGCGGCCUGA